ACGUUCCUUCUCUGAUCGCAUGCACUGAAUAAUGUAGGUGUCUGUCCUCUGCUGGGUACUGAAAUACACAGCAAGCAGGCUGUAGCCCAGUAUCGACACUAUGCAGGCAUCACACUGGUGGUAACCUGCUGCUGCCACAACAAGCCGUUGCCCGGUGUAUUUAAAACGAGGCAUGCGCAAAUAUGCAAUUGUGGAGACCAGUGAAAUGACUAUAUAGCACGGUUCCCCAGCUGGCGUCCCGCUGCUGACUCUAGUUGAUGAUCCCUGCUGUAUAGCCUUCAGUCCUGCUGAUUUGAAUAGUAUCAAGCCCGUGAUCAGAGCAACAGACGGCUCUUUGGGGAUCUCAUUUUCAUCCGCUUCAGUCCUCUAUGUGAGACAAGCAGGAUGGGCUGUUCCACGAGUACCCAGACAACAGCGCAGGACACCACCAGACAGCCCAGCUCUAAACCAGAGGAAAGCAAUGGAACCAGCACUACAGGGGCGGCUAAUGAGAACGGUAAGGUUGCGGAGGACAGUGAGACCAUCCCAGAUCCCACAGUGACCGUAGCAGCCACAGGAGGGGAGGCCCAGUCUGCUCCGGCUGCAGCCCAAGCCGAGGCUCCUGCAGACACCACAGACCCAGCCCCUGCAGCGGAGACCCCGGCCCAGAGUGAGACCCAGCCUGCAGCCGAUGCUCCUGCAGCAGCCACUUCCCCUGAGCAGCCAGCCAGCUCUCCAGAGCCUCCCCCUGCAGCCCAGGACCCAGCUGAGAUCACAGCAGAGGCCGAUACAACUGCAACGAGAAGGGUUAUUGAGGUCACAGCAGAGGCCGAUACAACUGCAACGAGCCCCUAGUCAGGGAAAUGAAGCCGGUCUUCCCAUUGUUGUGGAUGAAGAAUCUGCAUGAAUGUCCUAAUUUGAAAGCGAGAGAGGAUGACAAUAUAUACACACCACUUGCCUGUUGCCAAGCUGCAGAUCAGCUGAUCUCUGUGACCAGGAUCAAUCGGUCAUCACUGUGCCUUUUUCCUCUGUAAAUACUCUACUUCCUGUGCAUUUAGUUGUAUUAUUAGCAUUGUUUAUGAAACAUUCAUUAGAUAAUUGCUUCAAAGUAACUUAUAAAUGCUUAUUAAUAUUUGCUUGAAUCUAAAAUCUACAUUUCUGGUGACUAGAGUUCGUAUUACAGCCUUGUAACGAUGUGGGAUCAAGUAUGAGGGAAAUCAAGUAUGUGGGUUCAAGUAUGUCAGAUUAAGCGACCAACACUAAUUUGUCAGAGUUAUUCAUUCAGGAACAACUUGAAUCCAUUUACUCACACAUAUUUAAGAAAUGAAGCCAACAACUAUUAGACUGUACAACCCAUAUUAUGACCAUGUUACGACCAUGUUAUAAGGGUAUAUAAUAUGACCAUGUUAUUAAGCUCUAUGACCAUGUUAUUAAGCUCUAUGACCAUGUUAUUAAGCUCUAUGGCCAUGUUAUAACGGUUUGAAUAAAACAGGUACUGAACUCAAGACA